CCAGCAUCACCGCCGCCCAAAGUGCUACCCGCCUUGGCACUUCCCAACGGGCUUACUUCUACAAUGAAUGGCGUAAUAGAAGCGUUGCACAUCUACGAUGACCACAACCAUGCCAUCUUGUCGCAUACCUACACACAGCGACCACUCUCGGCGCAGCAUCUCCUUCCCCUCUACCUAGAGCACCCAACUCCUCGGCCUAACUUGAUUUACCUCCCGAAUACGAACCCUCCAACCCUUGUGUUUGGUCUCGAUCAUGCCAACCUCCUUUUCCUCGCGACUUCGUCCUCUGAAGUCGAACCCCUUCUCGUUCUCGAAUUCAUUCAUCGCAUCAUCGAUGCCUUCGAAGACUUCCUCGGCGCACCUCUCAUAGCGCAGAAAAUUGAGAGUCAGUACGAUGUCGUUGCGCAGCUUUUGACCGAGAUGUGUGACGCUGGAACUAUCAACACAACCGAACCAAACUCCUUGAGGGACCUGGUUGAGGUGGAGGGCUGGAUGGGCAAGCUCCUCGGCAGUAUCAACCUACCAAGGAAAGCUGGUAAUCUAGCCACGACGCUCUCCGGCUCUCACACACCUCCCCUCAUUCCGUCCAAUACUCCCGCGUUGCCGUGGAGGAGGGCCAAUGUACGGCAUACGUCCAAUGAGUUAUACGCCGAUAUAGUUGAGACUCUCUCGGUCACCUUGGCGCCGUCAGGACGUCCGCUGGCAGCCUUUGCGAACGGGUCUAUCGCCUUUACCUGCAAAGUGUCGGGUGUACCCGAUAUUCUCCUGACACUGACGAGCCCAUCCGGGAAGCAUAACCUCAUAGGCAUCAUGGACCUUCCUGUAUUUCACCCAUGCGUACGGUUAUCACGUUGGAAAGAGAGACCAGGAGAGCUUAGCUUCGUUCCUCCUGAUGGCCGAUUCAUUCUAGCGGGUUACGAGGUUGAUCUACUUCCUUUCACCAACGCGAAGAGUGGGAACCUCAGCUCAAAUACGCUCAAGCUACCCGUGGACAUCGAAAUGAAGAAAGGGCUCGGCACUGUCGGUGCUGAAUUUGAGGUGCGAGUCCAUGUCAACAGAACAAUGCUGAAUGCGCACCGGUCAGUAUCAUCCACGCAAUAUGGGCGAGGUGCCGGCGGCGCCGGGAGAGGUUUCGGAGCGGGCACAUACGCCGGGACGCCUGGCGCUCCUUCGAUGCACGACCUGAUCGUCAGGGUCCCUUUGCCGGCAGAUGUGCGAAAUCUGUCGGAGGUCCGGCCUAGCAAAGGCGACGCGAGUUACAACCCUGGGGAGAAGAUAUUGGAAUGGCACAUCCCGACCAAAGAGCUCUCUGCUGGGACGACCUACUUCGGGCUCCGAUGUACUGUGGUAGGGCCACUACCGGUCGAGGAUGAACGGGAGCUUGACCCAACCGGGUUCGGCUUUUCAUACAACGAGCCAUACCAGACCACACCUUCAUCGGUUCCAGGGAGGGAAGAUUCGGACGGCAGUGCUGGAGAGAAGGAUGCUAAGAAGGUGGCGCAGAACAAGAUUUUGAUGCCGAGUUCUGCAUCAGUGAGCUUUUCGGUGAAGGGAUGGGUACCCAGUGGGAUCAAAGUCGAAAGCAUCAUGAUCGACGCAAGAAAGAGCAAGGGGCUCGGCGAGAAUGUGAAGCCUUACAAAGGCGUCAAGUAUCUGACAGUUAGCAACGGCGGUGUCGAAAUACGGAGGACGACGGCUUCAUUCUCGCUGGCACGGGGCUUUGUCCCGAUCACUCCUUCUGCACACCAUGCACGCGAUCGGCGACAUGCUUCGACACGGGGGAAACGGCCGCGAACGGCCCUCUUCUUCCCAGGCCAGGGAGUGCAGAGAGUGGGAAUGUUGACCCCGUGGCUGGAAGCCUUCCCCGCGACCGCGAAACCCAUCGUCGAAGAAAUAGACCACUACCUGGGCUUCAAGCUCUCGGAUAUCAUCCGCGACGGGCCCAAUAAACUUCUGACACAAACCGCCAAUGCGCAACCGGCCAUCAUGGCCACUUCGAUCCUUAUCCUCCGUAUCCUCGAGCGCGAGUUUGGAUUCGAUGUCGCGGGCCGCGUCGACGUCACCCUGGGUCACUCCCUGGGUGAAUUCGCCGCGCUUGUGGCGGGCGGGUACCUCGAGUUUGAGGACAGUCUGCAUCUUGUACACAAGCGGGCCGAGGCCAUGGCGGAGGCUACCCGUCGCGCCGUCGAGGAAUACGGAGGUGAUUACGGCAUGGUGGCAGUCGUUACGGAGCCGGAAUAUCUAGAACAGCUCAUCGUUGCCGUUCGCGACUUUGUCCGCCCCAAUUCCACCCCCGGGGCCGAGGGCGAGAGUCCGACGGACCGCGCGCCGGUGGACCAGGUGCUCAUCGCCAACGUCAACAGCAAGAAUCAGAUUGUGCUGAGCGGCGAUGUGGCCAAAAUCAAGACGCUUGUGGCCCACGUACGGCAGUUUCUCGGCCACGACCCGCGAGCGGUUCGACUGAACAGCGACAGCCCCUUCCACAGCCCCAUCAUGCGACCUGCGGUGAGCGUUAUGCAAAAAAUGUUACAAGGGAAGAGCAAGGUCCGGGGCAGAGAGGGCAACGACAUCAUCACUUUUCCCGGAAGGAUACCUUGCAUCAGCAACGUGACCGCGCGGCCGUUUCAGGACAAGGCGGAGCUGGAGGAUCUACUAGCAAGACAGUGUGUGGAGACGGUAGAGUGGUGGGAUAGCAUCAAAUACCUGGACCAGGAAGAAAAGGUUAGAAGAUGGGUAGGCAUCGGACCUGGAAAGGUCGGAAGGAAUUUGGUAGGGAAAGAGGUCGGCAUGAGAGGGCGCGACUUGGUUAAGGGGGGUGGUGUAUGGGCUAUCACGGACCCAAGCGAGAUCGAAGAAGUGUUAAAGGGGCUCGAGGACACGGAAAAUGCGAUGGAAGAGGAGACGGAUAUGGACUAGACGUCAUCUUAGGUUCUUGCGCCAUCUGGAAUGUAUCAAUAGCGCUUUGUAAGGUGCCUUAGUGACAAUGUUCUCGUCGUUCUUGGGCCUCAUCUGGCGGCUCUAUAAUAUAUGCCUGU